AUGAAGGAACGAAUUACUUCCGUUAUUGGAGAGAGCCUUCUUUUGGAGCUGUUGACGCAUCGCCCACUAAGUGCAGCGCAGGUAGCUGAGAUUCAAGUGUUGCUGGCAUCAAAGUCUGUAGCACGCUUCGCCUUCGCCUUCUGCCACCUCGUGCACUGGGUCGCGUUUGGCCAGACACAACCUGAUGCAGCCGAAGAUACUGAGACUCUCGAGUGUGAUCCCCAGAAAGCAGGCGUCGAAUCCUCCUCACCUUCAGACUGUGCACAUGGUGGCGUCGAAUUCGUCUCAGCUGCUGAUAUCAAGAAACCGCAUGAUCUUGCAAGGGGGUCUUCUGCUGGCCUGCGCCAGAAAAAAGAUGGUCUAGACGAAAACCAAGAAGUUCGCGAAGAAGAAGUGCAAGCCGUGAACGCGGUUGCAAAGACUCAUCCAGUGGCAAAGCUAAACACCGAAAAUCCGAAUUAUAUUUUUAGGGAAGAGCUUCUUCGCCUUCGGGGAGGAAGCGCUAACCUCAGCAGUCUCUUUGGUGGGGGCUUCACUGCAGCGGACAGAAGGUAUGGGGUUCUUCAGCAGGCAUCUGGGGUGGCACUGACCUCCGAAAGCAACAACCUAGAAGAAUACGAGGACCUUCAAAUCCCGCUCAACACUUGCAGAAGAAGACUGAGAGCCCUAGCGGCCGCUGAGAUAGCUUAUCGAGAUGUCAUGGAAAAGAUAAAAGUGUGUUUCGCCGUCCUGUACAGCAGUGUAUAUUGCCAGCAAGCAACUAACGCCAACUUUGGAGCAUUUGGCAUUUCCCUCAUUUGCCCAUUGUCGGUCCUCGCUGUUAAGGACGCCAUUGCUUGGGCGUUGAGACAGCAAUUGCCCAAACUGCUGGGACAGAAACAGCUCCAGCUGGAACUCGCUGAUCGCAUUAAUUCGCUAUUCGCGCAACUUUUUGAUCAGCAGGGGUAUUUUUCAAGGUUUCCUGCUAUUGACGCCCACCCACAUACCCAGCAGUUACAGAAGAGGUUGGAGAAGUACCAAGCGAACUGCCCAAAACCGCCUGUUUCCGCAAUAGAAUGCUUCCAGACGUUGUGCUCUCCUUUAGACCUCACGCAGUGCACGGAAAAGCUAGAGCUGCAGGUAAAGGAGCUGCAAGAUGAGGUAUACAAGCAGCCUUCGAUUCUCCAGCUGUUCCGUGAAGAUUUGUCAAUGCCGAGACAACAGCAUACCGGAGAUGAAGACCCGCAGCACAAGCUAUUACGCCUUCAAAAAGAACAACAAGAACUUUUAUCCACCAGGGAUCCCAAAGUGUUUGAACCUAUUACGAACUGGAAUUGCCCAGGUGAAACCUUUCGUUCAUCAACACAGGUCGUGAAUACUGGGGCAUGUGAUUCAGGAGCAUUCCAGAGACUACCGCAGGAACCCCAGCGGCAGAGUGUUGGUCCGAAAUCUACCAUGUACAAUAAGAUUUCCUCGACGAGCCGAGUAAUGCUGUGCGAGAUGCUUGGCAGCCUUACGCAUACCGAUCCGAGGGUGCGCAUGCUUGCGCAAAAGGACAGAAAACACCACUACAUGUAUUCCGAGUUACGAGGACCUCGAAUGGUUCCGCGUUGUGCGUCUGGUACGCACAUCUCGUUUGCUGCCAUGAACAAAGCAAAAGAUAAGAAAUCACGCGGGGUCAAGUUAAGGAGUUCCUUCCAGAAGGAGAAAUCUAUGAACCGCGCAGUUUCCAAAGAACAUUGCUCAGAAGACGUCCUCCACGCUGCGCGGGAAACGUCGGGACAUCAGGCUAACUGCCUUGAUGGCGAUGGAACCCAAUUGGUGGGCAUAGGCUAG